AUGUCAUACACUCCAUCAAAUACACCAAUUAGAGCUGCUCCUAUUUCAAGUGACUAUGAACUUAUCGAUGGAGAUCCCUAUUUUUCCAGAGUCAUUCGUUAUUUCCGUCCAUCGGACUAUUUAAAUUGGGGUAUAUCAACAGCUAUUGUUCCCCUUGGAAUAAAUGUAUGGGAAAGAUUAGAGCCAUCUUUGGGUAAAGGUAUGAAACCAUCUCCUAUUGCGGGUACUACAUACCGUGCAGCAACAGCUAUUGGAUUUGUCGGUGGUUUUUUUUUAGCUUAUGUUAAAACAAGCCAACGUUUUCUUGGAUGGAAAGAAAACUCACGAGAAGUUGCAAAGGACAGAUAUGAAGUAAAGAAAUUAUUGAGUCAAGGAAAAUUGCCAUAUCUUGAAAACGAAAGUACAUUGGAUGAUAGGUCUAAGGAUGUCGCUAAUAGAAAUUCACAAUAUAGUAGUUCAUUCUUGUUCAUAUUGCCUUGGUUCAACUUGGCAUAUCAUCCAUAUCAUCAAGUAAAUUUGAAGAAAUAUUAUGUUGAUAGACCUGGUGAGGAAGAAUGGGGAUUUAAACUAAAACCACUCGAUGAGAUUUACACCAUUAAUCAGAAAAAAUCGAUUUAG